AUGUCUGAAAGCCAGAAGCUCGAAGAGCGGCUUCGGAUUCUGGAAAACGACCUCAAGCUCCAGAAAUCGCAGCUUGUUGACCAGCUCGUGCGUAAAAAGGGCCUAAUUGCCCCGAAAACGCUGGUCAAGGACCGCAAGUUCGACCCCGACUAUGCUCGCAAACUCAAGGCAUACAAGCAGCUCAUACGACUCAAGAAACGCCUCCACAAACAUAUCCGAUCUAACCAGUUCAAGUACGCAUACAAAAACAGAAUCACCAUAAACAGACUCAAUUUUGUCUCCAUACACAAAGAUACAAAGCUCGCCCUCGUAUCUACAAAAUAUCUCGACACAAACAAGGAGAUUGCUUCUUUGGACGAUUUGAAAACAACCUUGGUCCACAAUGAACACAAGUUUAUCAAAACCUUGGAAGGCGAUUACAUCAUGCAAAACCCGCAGUACUCCACAGAAAAAGAAUACUGUCUCUAUUACACGAGAUCAGGAACUUGCUCUAAUAAUAAAUGUUCCUUCGUUCACUCGCCAAACCACGUCGCUUUGUGUCCAAACGUGAUCCAGAACAAAGACCGCACAUGCACCAAACAGAAAUGUACAUACUCGCACACCCCGUCGCAGUUCAACGCCCCGUCUUGCAAGUUCUUCCAGUCGCAAAACUGCACCAACGAAAACUGCGUCUUCUCGCACAAACUGGAGGCCAAGGACGCUAAAAUAUGCCGCGAAUUCGCAUUGAACGGCUAUUGCGACAACGGUCGUAGCUGCUCUCUGGCACACUACUUCGAAUGUCCCGACUUGGACGAACUGGGCUACUGUCCAAGAGGAAGUAUGUGCAAACUGGUUCACAAAUCAAAACUGCCCCCAAUCAAUCAUAAGGCAACUAGAAACAUGGAUAACGACGAUAUCCCGAAAACAGAAUACCUACUCAUCUCAGACUCAGACGAGUCCGACAUCGAGCAAGUCCUCGACCAGGACCUCGACAUGAACCACGAUUACGUCGAGCUCGCUUAA